AUGGGAGAACGUGGACCAGACCAGUGGCUUGAGCAAAUCAAGAAAUGCAUUGCCUUGUCAGAAUCAGACAUGAAGCAGCUCUGUGAGCUUGUUAAGGAGCUUUUAAUGGAGGAGUCUAAUAUUCAACCAGUUCAAUCACCAGUGUCUGUUUGUGGUGAUAUUCAUGGCCAAUUCCAUGAUUUGUUGGAAUUGUUCCGCAUUCUGGGGGGCUUACCGCUGGAUGAUAACUCUACCAAUUAUAUAUUUCUUGGAGAUUAUGUUGAUAGAGGAUAUUUUUCGUUAGAAACCUUCACUUUGUUGAUGGUAUUGAAAGUGAAAUACCCACAUAGAAUAACGUUGGUUCGUGGGAACCAUGAAUCUCGUCAAAUCACCCAAGUGUAUGGAUUUUAUGAGGAAUGUCUUACUAAAUAUGGAUCUACCACGGUAUGGAAAUAUUGUUGUCAAGUAUUUGAUUUCUUAACUUUGGCUGCCAUUAUAGACGGAAAGAUUUUAUGUGUACAUGGAGGAUUAUCUCCAGAAAUAAGGAUGUUGGAUCAAAUUAGAGUCUUGAGUAGAGCACAAGAAGUACCUCAUGAAGGAGGGUUCUGUGACUUGGUUUGGUCAGAUCCAGAUAAUGUAGACACAUGGGCAGUUUCACCAAGAGGUGCAGGAUGGCUUUUCGGAUCAAAGGUGAGUCGAGAGUUCAAUCAUAUCAAUAAUUUGGAAUUGAUUGCCCGUGCACAUCAAUUGGUUAUGGAAGGUUUUAAAUAUCAUUUUAAGGAUAAAGAUGUGGUCACAGUAUGGUCUGCACCAAACUACUGUUAUAGAUGUGGUAACGUUGCUAGUGUAAUGCAAGUUGGAGAGGAUUUGGAACCUAACUUUAAGAUUUUCCUGGCGGUACAAGAUGGAGAUAUCAGUGCAAAGAAUAAUGCCAGCAAACAACAAAGAAGUGAUUAUUUCUUGUAA